CCGCCGCCUUUCGCCACGACCACAAUGGCCCCAGGAGACCUUCAACCGGCUCCGAUGGCCAAAGUAACCGAUAUUGUCAGCACAUUCCGCCCCUCAAGACUACACAAAGCGCCGCCAACCACAUCCUACACCUCGAUCGACUUCGACGACAGCGGCGAGUUCAUCCUCCUCUCCCGCACCGACGACACGAUCCAACUCUUCAACACAAAAGCCGGCGCGCAUGCGAAAGAGCUGAAAUCUCAUAAAUACGGUUCCGCCCUCGCGCGAUUCACACACCACUCCACCUCGAUCCUCUACGCCUCGACCAAAAUCGACGAUGGCAUUCGCUACCUCUCCAUGCACGACAACUCCUUCAUCCGAUACUUCAAAGGCCACACCGGCCGCGUGACAUCCCUAUCCCUCAACCCUUCCAACGAUCAAUUCAUGUCCGCCAGUCUGGACAACACAGUACGACUCUGGGACUGCCGCUCUUCAAAUCCGCAGGGUCAACUGAACUUCGAAUCUCCCUGGUUGACCGCCUACGACGCAUCCGCCUCAGUCAUCGCCAUCGCCUCUCCCGCCGCACAAACAAUCCACCUCUACGAUCUCCGCAACUACGACAAACCGCCCUUCUCCACUUUCGACCUGCAACCCGAUGAAGCCAAAUUUCCCUCACAAAAGCCCGGCGAGGGAUGGACAGGCAUGGAGUUCAGUAACAAUGGCAGAUACCUUCUCGUCGCAACGAAUGGUCCAGGACAUUAUGUGCUCGACGCUUUCGGCGGAGAGCUCACAGCGUAUCUCUCACGUCCUAAUGGUCCGGAUGUGUCGCACUUCGCGCCCGGCGACGAUCUACCAAAAGGUGAAGAAGGCAGUCCAACACCGAGCUACAUCCAAAGUUCAGCAUGCUUUUCUCCGGAUGGUAGAUACGUUGUCGGAGGAAAUGGACGGGCAAAUGGACUAUCGGUUUGGGACAUGCUGCAAGCGGAAGAAGGAGGAGGCAUGAAAGCGGACAAGGUUCUCGAACCGUGUGCGGAUCUACCGAGUCAGAAGCCAGCGAAGGUGGUGGCGUACAACCCGCGGUACAAUUUGUUGGCGAGCGCGGACAAGGAGGUUAUGAUUUGGUUACCAGAUCCGGACGCUGCGUGA